AUGAAAACUAUGCUUACAAUCUUCAACUAAUUGUUAAAUUUUUUCUAUAAAUUUUAGAGAAAACUUGAUUUUAGUAAUAGAAUCUCGAGAAUCAUAUUCAAAUAUUGUAAAACAAAUUAAUAUUACAAUAGCAUAAUUUAACUUUUCAAAUAGAAACAUAAAUAAAUUACCUUAUAAACAAUAGAUUACAAUGUUGAUAGAAAUAUUAUUGAACCAUUAAUAAAAAAAUAUUGCAAUUCGAUUUCGAAAUAAUUAUAUUCCAACAUUAAAUCUAAUUUAGGAGCUGAAGAUUUAAAUGAUUAACUUUUAGUUUAUUAAGUAGCAAGACUUUUAAGAGAUUUAUACUCAAUAAAUAAAUCACGAAAUCAAAUAAUAGAUUUAUGACCAUGGUAUAUUAAGAAAGAUGCUUUCAAAAUUCUAUGAAAAGUUUUUACAUAUAAAACUCCACAUUUAAUAAUACUUCAACUGA